AUGAUCUCAGUCCAACCAAUGCAUGAUACAAGGAUUCAACCAAUCGGUCAACAAGCCCUAGGCACCAUCCGAUUACGGUUAAUGAUCGAAGAUAUGAUGACUUAUGUCACAUUUCACGUCAUCGAUGCUAUCACCUCAACCAAUGUUAUUUUGGGACGUCCUUGGCUACACGAGCACAAAGUAGUGCCCUCUACAUGGCAUCAGUGUUUUAAGUACAAGACUCCCGAAGGAGAAACCAAUAUGAUCUUUCCUUCUUCGUUUUCCUUUCUCCUGAGGGUAGGGUUAAGGGCAUCUGAACGUAACGCUUCCUAUAGUACUCUCUCUUUUACUUUCAGUCUAGUGCCAAGUGAUGUAUUAUAA